CCAACAUUUCUCUCGCUCAGCCUCGUCCAGUCUCCCGCUCUUCAUCUCAUUCAAUCUAUUCUUCCAUCGACUCCGACAACACAAUCCUCAUGUCAUACAUCCCACUACCUAGGUACUGAUGCCAUGCCUCAUGAAACCUCGUCCGCCUCCUUACCCAAGAACUGGCCCCGAGGCAUAACCUUCCUAACAACUCUCCACAUUCCGCCUCCACUAACAAGCGCAUCACUUCAAACCACCACAAGCGCAUCCUCUUCCUUGGACCUUACCAUCAUCAAACCCGCACCGCCAACACCCAGCCCGCUGGUCCGCAUCACACCGGUCACUACCCCUUCACACCCAGCCCACGGCCAACACGGCCUCCUCGCGCUCCGUACACUGCCACCAUCGUCAUUCAUCCUCUUCUACCUCGGCACCCUACACCCGUCUCCCACCACGGAUCACGAGUCCAACUACGACCUCAGUCUAGACCGAGAUUUGGACUUGUCUAUCGACGCGACGCAUUACGGGAAUGAAGCACGAUUCAUCAACGACUAUCGCGGGAUUCGACUCGAAGGCCCCAACGCGGAAUUCCGCGAUUGUCUUGUCGAGAUGGGGCCAGGGAAAUACGAGAGGAGGAUCGGUGUGUUCGUCUUGAAUGCCGGCAAAGCGGGCAAGCGCAGUAAAGGCAUCGCAAAGGGCGAAGAGAUUGUGGUGAGUUACGGUAAAGGGUUUUGGAGCGCGCGGAAAGAGGCAAGCGAAGUUGGGAAUGGGUGAGUUGAAGGAUCCCGUGCUCUGCCUUCUGCUUUCUGCUGUCAAAGCUGGAGCCAUGCCAGCGUCACAGGUCGUGCCAUGAUUAUUAUGAUACAG